ACGAAAAUAUGACAAGUUCUAAUGUUGAAUUCACAGAAGAGGUUUUCAAUUUCAUCAGGCUAUCCUCUUUGUUAGACUUUACAAAACUCCCCCUAAUUUAUCUUCUGGAAACAGAGGAACCGCUUGGAUGUCUUUUGAAACGAAAACGAAAGAUUCUUGAUCGGCUAGUGAAAAUAAACAAAAUAUAUCAGGAUGAAAAAAAGAUUCUCGGAGAAAUCAAAGGUUCUGCAGAUCCUGACAAACUUGAUGUCCGUUUGUUGUGUGUGUUGGUCAGAAAUAUAGGCACUGUUCCCCCACCAGAAAAUGGGUGGGCAAAGAAAAAACUGAAAGCAGAAGAUAAAAGCAUUGGAGCAGAUGUUAUUCGAAUCGGGGACAUAAGAAAUGAUUGUCAUCACCUGCCAUCGUCUAAUAAAAUAACGAGGGAAAAGUUUGAUGAUAUAUAUCCCAGACUUAAGGAGAUUCUGAAGAGACUUGUGCAUGAAACACCACAUGAAAAUGCGUUUUUGUCCUUGGUAUGCCGUCUCGAUACUCCCGAUUUUGCAACAUCCGAAUGUGCCAAAAGAUUGUCACUAGACAAAGUCAUCCAUAAAUGGAAAAAGAACACUACCAGACAGGAGUCUUUGGAGGACAGGCCCGAACCAGACAUAGAUGACUCGAAUGAAGAAAACGAUUCAUGUCCAUUCCUUGAUGCUAUUCUGGCAAACAAUAUUGAAACAGUUCGGACCUUGGCGAAAUCCCAAACACAAACUGGUAUAGAGGAAGGCGUGUGGAGGGCAUGCUUAAAAGGAAACCACAAAAUAUUCGAAAUCUUAACAUCGAAUGGCCAAUUAAUCUCUUUGAACCACCGAGAUCUAGCAAAAGCAUGCCGUGGUGGAUCCAAAGAAAUUGUGAAACAAAUACUGGAACGAAUGAGUUCCAAUAGUUUACUGGAUCACGUGAAAGACGAAUCGGUUUUUAAACGUUGCUGUAUUCAUUAUGCAGCAAAUGGAGGUUUUCAGGACAUUGUGGAAUGUCUAAUUAAAACAAAUGAAAAAUUCCUGUUGACUACUGACAAAUUCAAUAAUAAUGCCCUUCAUUUCGCCUGUAUGCGGGGGCACAUUGAGGUGGUGAGGGUGAUACUGAAGUCAGAAAAGGGAAAGAAACAAAUUGGUGAUCUGAAUGGCAAAGGAUUAACCCCACUCCACUGCGCAGCUUAUUUUGGAAAACUGUUCACUGUUCAGCUCUUGUUAGAGGGAGGCGCUGACAAAAAUUCCAAAGACCGCCAAGGGAGGAGUGUAGUGAAAUGGUGCACUAUGGGUCAAGAGCAGAGUAUUCAAUGUUCUUGGUAUGAUUCGGAAUUCAAUCUUUUACCCGCAACUUAUGGUUCCCAUCUGGAUUAUGAACAAAUCAAAAUCAUCCUCGGAGAUUUUAAUCUUUGA